AAAACCACUGUGCCAAAGUUCAGAUCUCACAGGUGGGCACAAUAGGCGAAAGAAGACACUGAACUACAUGUUCGCGGGCAGCUUCAUCUUGCAGAUUGUGUCAGAGACAAGUGAAAGCAAAUAUCUGGGACUAUUCAACAAGGCAAGACAAAAGGAUACCUUCAAUUGGCAAUGCCAAACUAAAACCUCAGAAGUGACCUUCAGUUUGAAUUGACCCAGAGCAUCAUGGCUAAAGGGAAUAAAGAUUUCCAGCGAAGGAUUGUGUCCAAGGAUGGGCACAACAUGGUAAGGAUCGAUAACGUGGAGGGCAUGGUCAAGCUGUACCUGCACGACAUUUGGACGACUGUGGUGGACAUGAAAUGGCGCUACAAACUCACCUUAUUUGCCUCCACCUUUGUCAUGACCUGGUUCAUCUUUGGGGUCAUCUUUUACUUCAUUGGAAUGGGCAACGGAGACUUUGAGCCCGAUUUAAAUUCUACCCACACUCCAUGCCUGAUGAACGUGGAAACGCUCACUGGAGCCUUCCUCUUCUCUCUAGAGUCACAGACCACCAUUGGUUAUGGUUUUCGUUACAUCUCUGAAGAAUGCCCUCUGGCCAUCUUUACUCUGGUGGCUCAGCUUGUCAUCACUGGACUGGCUGAGAUCUUCGUUACUGGUGCCUUUCUGGCCAAACUAGCUAGACCCAAGAAGCGAGCAGAGACCAUCAAGUUCAGCCAGGUAGCGGUGAUCUGCAAGCACCAAGGAAAGCUGUGUCUGAUGGUGAGGGUGGCCAACAUGAGGAAGAGCCUCCUGAUCCAGUGCCAGCUAACAGGAAAGCUCCUUCAACCCUACGUGACUGAGGAGGGCGAGAAGACGCAAGUCCAUCAGAGUUCUGUUGAUUUCAACAUGGACUCGGGUGGCGAGUGCCCCUUCCUUAUCCUCCCUCUCACCUUCUAUCACGUCCUAGACCAGCACAGCCCGCUGGCAGGACUGACGGCAGAAAACCUGGAAACGCGUAGGUUUGAGUUGCUCAUCACCCUCAAUGCCACCAUGGAGUCAACGGCAGCCACGUGUCAGAGACGUACCUCCUACAUCCCUGACGAGAUCCUGUGGGGUUAUGAGUUCAAACCGGUGCUGUAUAGCACCCCCAGUGGACGCUUUGUGGCAGACUUCAACUUUUUUGACAAGGUGCAAAAGAGCAGUGAUCCAGACAUCCACAGCGACAGUUCAGAAAAGCUGAAACUCGAGAGGGACUUCAGGGAGGAAUAGAGGAUCUUAAUAAUUACUGUUAAUUGACCUGAGGCUCAGCCACUGUGUUAAUGUCCCUUACAGCUAUGACCUUUGAUUUAAACGCGUAAAAUGUUUAUUUUGAAUCAUAUAAAAGUGAUUUUUUAACAGUGCUUCAAACUGUAAAGUACACUUUUAAGAAGACUAGAAACCUGACAUGUGUUCACUGUAAAAUUCUGUUUAUUCGUUUAAUCAUUAUGAUGUUUUUUUGUAUCAAUAUUCAAGUUAAAUUAAUUAAAUGUACCAGAAUGAA